CUCUGUGAUCACUGUUCUUCACCACCUGAUGUGAUGGGACCAAGCCAGCCAGCUUCUACCUGUGUUCACCUAGCAUCCGGUAUCCAACUAAAUGGGAGGAGUGACCUCAGGAAUCUUCAGCCCCAGAAGAAAGGCUUAGCUAUGCUGUCCACCUAGCCAAAAGAGAUGUAAAACGAAGACAGUUUGAAGAACACAUGAAAGAUCAUCUCAGAAGUCAUUCCCAUAACGCUCACAAAUGUGUACAUGUCAAGGUGGAAAAGAAGGACUUAAAGAGUCAGGAUGUCUGUCAUAGCAGCCAUCAACCAUCCAAAGUAGACAUUUCCAGUUCGGGUGCCAAGGUUUAUAUAUAUGCAUCUCAUCCAGGACGAUCGGAUCUUCCUGUGCCAAAUUCACCACCUACCCAUGAUCCAGGACUUCAGCCACAACCCAAAAUAGAGGAGCACAAAAACCUAUGGGAACAGAAAAGCCUGCUAGAAGUUCAACGACUCCGAAAGGAAUUGAGCAGUUGUAUCCAUAAAAUAGAAGCAGUAACUAAAAAAGAUAGACUAGAAGAAGCUUUGGAUCCGGAUGAAGAGCAUCGAAUCCGAGUGAGGAGACAGGAGCAAGCUGUGCGCUGUGCUCGAAUGCUCUAUGUUCUUCAGCAGCAGGUAAAAGAAAUCCAGGAAGAAUUGGAUAAAUUAAGUCCACAUAAAAUUAAACAUACUAAGAAGUCGUGGGCAAUGUCUAGGCUGGCAACUGCUCAUCGAGGGGCCAUCCGGGCCUUACAGAUGUUUGUCACUCAGUUUACUGAUCGAGAGCACCCACUUCCUGCCCGGUGUAAGGAACUAGGCAGCCUUAUUCGUCAGCUUUCACUGUGCUCUGCCAAGCUGGAUACUGAUCCUUCUGUGCUAGAUGUGGUCAUAGACAUCUUGCAGCAAAUUGAGGCUUUGGAGUCUCUCCUGGAAAAGAAACUGUCACCUAAAAAGGUAAAGAAAUGUAUAACAGAAAUUCAGAGCAGUUUUCCUAUUGGUAGCCAAAGAAUCUUAGAGAAAUGGCCAACUGUACUGCCCAAGAAUGAGAGGAGACCCUUGGUCACAAAGGAGACAUUUCCACAGGAAGCCAGUCGACCUUCUGUGGCAAAGAGGCUUCUUGCUGAUGACUGUCAGCCUGAUGUGGAGCUUCCAGUGAACCAAAAACUGGAGAGUGAACUUGGUGUCAUAGAGGAGGACACUCUUCCAGAAGAAGCCCCUUUUAUAUUGGGCCAUAGCACAGGGGUCAAGGAUGAAGCACUAACCCCAGCAAAAACACGAGCAGUAAGAAAGAAGACUGCAAUGGAGCAUGUGCCAUUUAGGAAGAAAGAUACUCUGGAGCCAGCCAGACUACAACAGCAGGGACUACACAUAUCUGAAAGAAAUAGACCAAACCAAUCUUACAGCAAAAGCAGGUUGCAACAGACAACAGUGGCAUCCAGAUUAAAAAUGAACCGACAGCCUGUGAAAGAUCACAGGGCUCCUUGGAUACCUCCAAACCCCACGUCCCCACCAGCGUCUCCUAAAUGUGCUGCGUGGCUAAAGGUGAAGUCCAGUCCCAGAGGUGCUACAAAGGAACAGUCCCUCCAGCGAGAGGAUACCACUGGGGGAAGUCAGUUGGGAGGUGCUUCCGAGAAAGAAACAGCCAGGCUUUCUUGGCCAGAUGCUCAGUUUUCCAAAAGAUUGAAAGAACCAGAAGAAUUGGAAGCCAAGGAAAUGUUAAGAAUGCAAAAACAGAGACUUGACUGGCUUGAGGCUGAGACUUCUAGAAGAACAAAGGAGCUGGCUCAACUGAAAGCUGAAGAAAUGGAUAGACUUCAAAAAUUAAGUGUGUCUGCCGCCCAGUUAGCUGACAAGGUAGAAGAAGCAGUGCUGGAGCGGUUGAAGCCCCUCUUGAUCAAGGCCCAGAGAGUUAAUUCUUCUGUGGAAGCAAAUAGUCUUUUGAAGGAUCGUUCGUCACCAAGUGCAGCAGCAGCAACAGCAGCAGCAGCAACAACAGCAGCAGCAACAACAGCAGCAACAGCAGCAGCAGCAACAGCAGCAGCAUCCCAGCCUGCAGAGCAGGCUUCAGGCAUCAGUUAUGGGUCCAGGAAUAUUCAUCAUCUGGAUGACUGUCUGGAAGAUGCUGCUCAUGAACUCUGGGCCAUGACUCAUGAUAAGAACUUGGGGUUAGAAACUUCAGCCACAUUGGGGGACAACAAGGAUAGCCCCAAUCUAGAGACCAUGAUGCUCCGGAUGGAGGAAAUGGAAAAAUACCAGGAGACAGUUCGCCAAAGAUAUAAUAAAAUUGUAUAUGCUGACCCUCAUUUAUGGAUGCACGAAGAAAGAAAUGACCAGAGCAACCCAGCAAUAAGUGAGAGACCUUUGGCUCCCCAUCCAAUCAAGAUCACUAAGACAGCAACUCCUAAGAGCCCAGCCGUGAACAUCUUGCUAGAGAGUCCCUGCAAUGCCAACUCACUGGAUGAAAGUGGGGUAACAGAAGAGGAAUCAGAGAAAAGGGAGGCUCCCUUUCCCUCCGCCGAAGAAGAUCUGCAUCAGAAAGAAGGCUGGACUCCCCUCUUUGUCCCACCAAGGAUGAGGCACAGCAUUGGUGAUUACUGCAGCCGAUUUGAGCAGUUCCUACGGAUCAUAUCUCAUGAGGCUAUAGGCUCCUUCAACCCAUGGCUAAUAGCUGAAAGUUUUUCAGAUGAGCUGGUAGAUGAAGCCCUGGGGGCCGUGGCUGCGGAGCUGCAGGAUGUGUGUGAAGACUAUGCAGAAGCUGUGUUCACCUCAGAGUUCCUAGAGGCCGCCGCAUGAAAGCUGUCCAGGCAGGGCCCU